GCUUGGGAGCCACCAAACACAUUUAACGUCUUGCCGUUUCUUCCGGGAACCAAUUUCGUCAUCACGAUCCGCAUCAUCUCGCAGUCACGAGUCCAAGUCACCUACGGUGGCACGUUGAAUCUCUUUCAGUGCAAUGGCGGUAUCAACUCUGUGACGCUGAGCGGCGAUGCAUUGGCUGAUAAUGUGAUCCACGAUUGGCUGGCC